GCUCGUGAUCAUGUCCGAGAAAUAAAAUCCCCCAGCAGCGAUGCUGACGGUGGGGCGAGCCAGCUGCUCAUCUUCUUCUGGAAAACCCACGCCCACGCCCACGCCCCCCCGUCGCAAGUCGCAACCGUUCUGCAGCACAUCAAACAAACCACACCCUAACCCUCCCAUUUUUUGAGAACGGUCCUGCAUCGCUCGCUUCUUCCCAUCAUGACGACCUGCAAAAGCGGUUCCUCCAAGGACUGCAACUUCACAUGUCCCAACGGAGGCUCGUGGUUCGUCUGCGACACGGCGCCCUACUUCGUGGGCUGCUGUGCGUCCGAUCCGUGCAACAACACCACCUCACCCGCCUGUCCCAGCCUGUACGCCGCCUCCUUCAACUCGAAACUGUACGACGAGAUCCUGCCGAACCGGUGUCUCGACGGCCCCAGCUCGAACUGGUACACCUGCAACGGCACCUCGCCGACCUUCCUGGGCUGCUGCUCGAGCAACCCAUGCGGGACCGGAUGUCCCGAUGACGACCUCCUGGCCGCCGCCUGGAGCUCGUCGGCCAACGGCCAGCUCGAACUCUUCCAAGACAACGCCAGCAGCACAUCGUCCGCCACCCCGACAGCCACGAACACCGACGCCGCGGGCGGCGCCACCAGCCACUCGAGCCUGUCGGGCGGCGCCAUCGCCGGCAUCGUCGUGGGCGGCGUCGCCCUCGUCGCCAUCAUCCUGAUCGCCUUCUUCUUCCUGCGCCGCCGGCGGCGCCGCGAAGCCCGCGCCGGCGAGGGCGAGCAGCAGCACAUGUUCCCCGGCGAGUACGGGGGGUACGCCAGCCCUAACGCCUCGCCGUAUCAAGAUUCACACCUCAGUAGCCCCGACCCGACCGGCAAAUACCCGAACGGCUCGCCAGCAUUCAUGUCCUCGCCCCCGUCACAACUGGGCUCCGACCGCCCCAUCUCCGAGAUCUAUACCCACGGCGAGGGGAAUAUGCGUCCGCAGCAGGGGCUGAAUAUCUCAGGGUUGCAGGCCCCGCCCAAGGUGCAGGUUAUCUCCGAGCUGGACAGCACGCGCGCGCCCGAGGUGCAUGAGCUGGACACUCGUUAGCUGGGUUGAACUAUCAUGACUCUCCUGCAUGCUUGCUGCGGCCGUUGCGUCUAGUGCAUCGCGGUUUGGGCAUAAGCGGAGACUUGGAUUCUUUUAUUCUUUUGUUUUCUUUACGAUCGGCAAUGCUCUCAGUGGGGUAUUUUGUCUCCAAGAAUGUAAUAUCAGCGAC